AUGUUUACUGGCGGGCUGGGUCUAUCAGCUAUCCCACUCUCCGGUUGGCGAAGCAAACAACGACCCCGGGAAAUGGAUGCCUUCGACGAACUCUCACCCAAACACGCAGAGACCCAGAAGCGAACACCUACUCUCAUCCGACUAUCCAAAUCCGUUUAUUUGGGCGUUAUCAGCCACCGAUCCACCAGCUCAAGACCCACCAACGCCCGACAGAAUGUACGCAGCCGACGGAAGAACAUGGGUCAGCAAUCACCAUGGGAUCCCAGAACAAACCAGUCGGACCAGCAAUGCCUCAUCUCCGACAGCCGACACGAGUCCCGGAUGCCUCGAGCCGAGCAUGGGCGCCUUCUAGUCCGUGUGACGGACGAGGAAAAAGCAAUGAGCGUGACAGAAACCCCCGAGAAGCAUCGCGACCGAUCGUUGACGAAUGGACCAGGCCAUUGCCAUACCGCCCAGACCAGAUUAAAAGCCCCGGGGAAACGCCUGUACCGUGCGGCCAGCCGCAAUUUGCGCUGGCGAUGA